AUGGCAUCAUCAAUUGCAAGCUCAAUCAAUACAAAGGUUACAACAAACGAUGUUAACGGAUUGUCCUUGAUAGCAGCUCAUUCGCACAUCACUGGUCUUGGUUUAGAUGACAACCUACAACCUCAAGAAAACGCUCAAGGUAUGGUUGGACAACUCAAGGCUAGGAAAGCAGCUGGGAUUGUUUUGAAAAUGGUACAAGCAGGCAAAAUAGCUGGACGUGCGGUAUUGGUUGCUGGCCCACCAUCAACUGGGAAAACUGCAAUUGCUAUGGGUUUGUCCCAAAGUUUAGGAUCAGAGGUCCCAUUCACUGCAAUCGCUGCCUCUGAAGUUUUCAGUUUGGAGUUGUCAAAAACUGAAGCAUUGACUCAAGCAUUUAGAAAAUCUAUUGGUAUCAGAAUAAAAGAGGAGACUGAAAUCAUAGAAGGAGAAGUUGUGGAGAUUCAAAUUGAUAGAUCAAUUACCGGUGGCCAUAAACAAGGUAAACUUACCAUUAAAACCACUGAUAUGGAAACUAUUUAUGAAUUAGGAAACAAAAUGAUCGAGGGAUUGACCAAGGAAAAAGUUCUUGCAGGUGAUGUGAUAUCCAUCGAUAAGGCAUCUGGAAGAAUUACCAAGCUUGGUAAAUCCUUCACAAGAGCAAGAGAUUAUGAUGCAAUGGGACCAGAAACAAAGUUUGUCCAAUGCCCCGAGGGAGAGCUACAAAAAAGAAAAGAAGUGGUACACACAGUUUCUUUGCACGAGAUUGAUGUGAUUAAUUCGAGACAACAAGGAUUCUUGGCCUUAUUUUCCGGUGACACUGGAGAAAUUAGAUCUGAAGUUCGUGAUCAAAUCAAUACCAAGGUGGCUGAAUGGAAGGAAGAAGGCAAGGCAGAAAUUGUACCCGGUGUCUUGUUCAUUGAUGAGGUCCACAUGUUGGAUAUUGAAUGUUUUUCAUUCAUCAAUAGAGCCUUGGAAGAUGAUUUCUCACCAAUUGUGAUGAUGGCUACAAACAGAGGUAUAAGUAAAACUAGAGGUACCAAUUACAAGUCACCACAUGGGUUACCAAUUGAUUUAUUAGAUAGAUCUAUCAUCAUACACACUUCAAACUACACUGGUGAUGAAAUAAGAACUAUUUUGUCCAUCAGAGCCAAUGAAGAAGAAGUGGAGUUGACUGGUGAUGCUCUUGCGUUGUUGACAAAAAUUGGACAAGAAACAAGCUUGAGAUAUGCAAGUAAUUUGAUUUCUGUUGCCCAGCAAAUCUCAUUAAAAAAGAGAGCUUCUCAAGUUGAGCUUCAGGAUAUAAAAAGAGCUUACAUGUUGUUUUUGGAUUCUGAUAGGUCUGUUCAGUAUUUGGAAAAACAUUCUUCACAAUAUAUUGAUGAUUUUGGUAACGUUGUUAUUGGGAAAGGUGAUAAUGAGCACGAAAGUGAGGAGAAAGUUGACAAAAAGGAUGAUGGUUCAGAGACAAAACCCCUGGGAAAUGAUGCUGACAAGAUGGAGACAGAUUAG